UGUUUUUUGUUCUUGUUCGCUACGACAGAAUGCAGAGUGCUCGUUCUGCUGCAAUCUCGAGCCUCGUGCUGCUCGUGGCGGUGCUUCUCGCAUGCGCAUCGGCCGCUGCUGCCCGCCGCCCCGUUGUCUGCAAUGCUCCGUCCAUCAGCGCAUACCUCGCUCCGAGCCAAGUGCCGCCGGGAUGUCCAGUCGGACCGGCGUUCGGAGGCGCAGUCGCUGUCGGCGAUGCUCGACCCAUCCCGGCCGAUCGCAAGUUUGUUUCGCCCGUGGUCGACAGCGCCAUUCAGAAUGUCAGUGCAAAGAUGAAGGACCAGGACCUGGCGGGAAUCUUUGCCAACAGUCUGCCCAACACCCUGGACACAACCGUGUAUCUCUUCCAACAGUCGCCCUCCCUGUCGUCGUUCAUCAUUACUGGAGACAUUACGGCAAUGUGGCUGCGAGAUUCUACCAACCAGCUUUUGCCCUACCUGCGUUUCGUGCAGCAGGACUCGAAUUUGCGCAACUUGGUGCACGGCGCCAUCAACCGCCAGGUGGAAAACAUUCUGUCGGACGUGUACGCGAACGCAUUCAACUUGGAUCAAGUCAGCAAUCAUGGCGACCAUACCGACGAUCAGACCUCGCGGCCGUCGUAUCUCGGCACCAGCGUCGACGCCAUGGCCAACAAGCUGGUUUUCGAGCGCAAGUACGAACUGGACUCGCUUUGCGCCGUGCUCAAGCUCUCGUACGCCUACUACAAUGCGACGCGCACUUUGACGCCGUUCAAUGCGAACUGGGUUUCUGCCAUCUCCCUGAUUUUGAGUACGAUGCAAAUCCAGACCCAGGACACUGCCCAGGAAGACAAGAACGGUGGGCCUGCAUACUCGUUCCAGCGCACAACCAACGAGCCGUCUGACUCGCUCCUGCAUGGCCGGGGCUACCCGUGCAGCUUCACUGGUAUGAUCAAGAGCAACUUCCGCCCUUCCGAUGAUGCCAACAUUUACUGCUUUUCGAUUCCAUCGAACGCGAUGGCGGUUGUUGAGCUUCGUCAUGUUGCGGAAAUUCUCUCCGCGCUCGGGCAAUCCGCCCUUGCCAGCCAAGCUUCGGCGCUGGCGACGAGUGUUGACGCGGCCAUUCGCGCAUAUGGCGUCGUCCAGCACCCUGUCGCAGGGCAAAUCUUUGCGUACGAGGUCGACGGAUUCGGAAACUACCUUUUCAUGGACGAUGCCAACAUUCCGUCGCUCCUCUCGCUGCCGUAUCUGGGCUACAUUAACGCAAGUGACGCCCUCUACCAGCGCACGCGCGCGGCUGUGCUCAGCAGCACCAACCCGUGGUACUUUUCGGGCGCUGCGACCGACGGCGUCGGCGGCCCUCACAACGGCGUUGGCUGGAUCUGGCCGAUGGCCAUUUCGAUUCGUGCCUUCACGUCCGUGUCUGACACUGAAAUUUCCAAGUGUCUUGAGGACUUGAAGCAAUCUUCUGCGGGCUCCGGGUUUAUGCACGAGUCCUUCUGGCGCGACAGCUAUGGAAGCUACACACGACCUUGGUUUGCCUGGGCCAACUCGCUGUUUGGCGACCUGAUUUUGCACAUUAGCGACACUCGCCCGUACCUCAUCUACUGAUGCUGGUGAUUGAAUUGUCAUGAAUAUGGAAAGCCUUGCAAAGGAGCAUUCACUGUUGGCUGCGUAAUGGCUGUCAAAAGCUCCAGUUUUGUAAAUUGCUCAACAACACCUCGCCCGAAAGCCUAAUCUCAU